CCCCCCCCCCCCUCCUCCCGCGAGCCUCGGGGUUCCUUAGCUGGUCGAGGCUGAGUCAGUGUCAGUCAGGGAGGGAGACUGCUGAGCACUGGGUGCGGACGCUCCAUUGCAGUCUUGCCCAGGGGUCGGUGCUUGCGCUCGCGCCGCCGGGUGGGAAGAAUGAAGCCGCAGCUAAAGCAGCCACCCUAUGAUUGGCUGUGGCGCUUGUGAACCCGAAGUAAAGAUGGCGGGCGGGCAGGCAGUCGCCGCACUGCCCACUUGGAAGAUGGCGGCGCGCCGCAGCCUCAGCGCCCGCGGCCGGGGGGUCCUGCAGGCGGCGGCGGGCCGGCUGUUGUCGCUGCUAUUGCUGAGCUGCUGCUGCGGCGCGGGCGGCUGCGCAGCGGCCGGCGAGAACGAGGAGACUGUGAUCAUCGGGCUGCGGCUGGAGGACACGAACGACGUGUCGUUCAUGGAAGGGGGGGCGCUGCGGGUGAGCGAGCGGACCCGGGUCAAGCUGCGGGUGUACGGGCAGAACAUCAACAACGAGACGUGGUCCCGCAUCGCCUUCACCGAGCACGAGCGGCGCCGCCACAGCCCUGGCGAGCGCGGGCUGGGGGGCCCCGUGCCGCCAGAGCCGGACAGCGGCCCCCAGCGCUGCGGCAUCCGCACCUCAGAUAUCAUCAUCUUGCCCCACAUCAUUCUGAACCGCCGUACAUCGGGCAUCAUCGAGAUCGAGAUCAAACCGCUGCGCAAGAUGGAGAAGAGCAAGUCCUAUUACCUGUGCACAUCGCUUUCCACGCCAGCCCUGGGUGCCGGCGGCCCGGGGUCCACGGGUGGCACCGUCGGGGGAAAGGGUGGCGCUGGGGUUGCUGGGCUCCCCCCACCUCCGUGGGCCGAGACCACCUGGAUUUACCACGACGGCGAGGACACCAAGAUGAUCGUGGGCGAGGAGAAGAAGUUCCUGCUGCCCUUUUGGCUGCAGGUGAUCUUCAUUUCGCUGCUGCUGUGCCUGUCGGGCAUGUUCAGUGGCCUCAAUCUGGGUCUCAUGGCCCUGGACCCGAUGGAGCUGCGCAUCGUGCAGAACUGCGGCACCGAGAAGGAGAAGAAUUACGCCAAACGCAUCGAGCCUGUGCGCAGGCAGGGCAACUACCUGCUGUGCUCGCUGCUGCUGGGCAACGUGCUGGUCAACACCACGCUCACCAUCCUACUCGACGACAUCGCCGGCUCAGGCCUCGUGGCUGUGGUGGUCUCCACCAUCGGCAUCGUCAUCUUCGGGGAGAUCGUGCCCCAAGCCAUCUGUUCCCGGCAUGGCCUGGCAGUAGGAGCCAACACCAUCUUCCUCACUAAGUUUUUCAUGAUGAUGACCUUCCCCGCCUCUUACCCGGUCAGCAAGUUGCUGGACUGCGUCCUCGGCCAGGAGAUAGGUACCGUCUAUAACCGGGAAAAACUGCUGGAAAUGCUCCGGGUCACUGACCCCUACAACGACCUGGUCAAGGAGGAGCUGAACAUUAUCCAAGGAGCACUGGAGCUCCGCACCAAGACAGUAGAGGACGUGAUGACUCCCCUUCGGGACUGCUUCAUGAUCACCGGAGAGGCCAUCCUGGACUUCAACACCAUGUCGGAAAUCAUGGAGAGCGGCUACACUCGAAUUCCAGUAUUUGAAGGAGAGCGCUCCAAUAUCGUGGACCUGCUCUUUGUCAAAGAUUUGGCCUUCGUGGAUCCAGAUGACUGUACUCCAUUGAAAACCAUCACCAAAUUUUAUAACCAUCCCUUGCACUUUGUUUUCAAUGACACCAAGUUGGACGCUAUGCUGGAAGAAUUUAAGAAAGAACACACAAACAAGAAACCCCCAGUCCUACCAGCACUGAAAAGGAGAGGCAGCAGGAAGUUCUUUGCUUUGGUGUCACACACAUUGGCAAUUCUAGAAUAUCUGUGUGGAGGUAAAUCUCACCUGGCUAUUGUGCAGCGGGUGAACAAUGAGGGAGAAGGGGAUCCAUUUUAUGAAGUUCUGGGAAUUGUCACCUUAGAAGAUGUGAUUGAAGAAAUCAUCAAAUCUGAGAUUCUAGAUGAAACAGAUUUAUACACCGAUAACAGAACGAAAAAGAAAGUGGCCCACCGUGAAAGAAAGCAAGAUUUUUCUGCCUUUAAGCAGACAGACAGCGAGAUGAAGGUUAAAAUAUCACCGCAGCUUCUCCUGGCCAUGCACCGUUUCCUAGCAACAGAAGUAGAAGCAUUUAGCCCAUCCCAGAUGUCAGAGAAGAUCCUUCUAAGGCUGCUAAAGCACCCCAAUGUCAUCCAGGAACUGAAGUAUGAUGAGAAGAACAAGAAAGCCCCAGAGUACUACCUCUACCAGCGCAACAGACCUGUAGACUACUUCGUUCUCAUUCUUCAGGGGAAAGUGGAAGUGGAAGCUGGGAAGGAGGGGAUGAAGUUUGAAGCAAGUGCGUUCUCGUACUAUGGCGUCAUGGCCCUUACAGCCUCUCCAGUUCCUUUGUCCCUGUCUCGUACCUUUGUUGUCAGCAGAACAGAGUUGUUAGCAGCAGGUUCUCCAGGUGAAAAUAAGUCACCUCCUCGCCCAUGUGGCUUAAAUCACUCAGACUCUCUCAGUCGAAGUGACCGGAUUGACGCAAUAACACCAACGCUGGGGAGCAGUAAUAACCAGCUCAAUUCUUCAUUUCUGCAAGUCUACAUCCCUGAUUACUCAGUGCGAGCCCUUUCCGACCUUCAGUUUGUCAAGAUCUCAAGACAGCAAUACCAAAAUGCCUUGAUGGCAUCCCGGAUGGACAAAACCCCUCAGUCUUCAGACAGUGAAAACACUAAAAUUGAAUUGACUCUUACGGAGCUGCAUGAUGGGUUGCCAGAUGAGACGGCCAACCUGCUCAAUGAACAGAACUGCGUGACACACAGCAAGGCCAAUCACAGCCUGCACAACGAAGGCGCCAUCUAGGGGUGCCUACACUGGCCCUCCUUGACCGUCCCCCCCCUGAGGCUCUGGCCUCUGUCAGACCAUGACUUCAUUAGUAUGAGCUUGUCUGCCAUGCUGCGUCCUGCAACAUUCUGAGACCAAAGACUUUGUCCCCUUCCUGGAAGCCGCAGAGGACAGCAAGAGAAGGAAUGGGAAACUAGAGAUGAGAAAGCGACAGCUGGGGCAUGGUGUUUAAGAUUUUGGAGAUGAACUUCUUCGCCCAAAUAGAAUCAUGUUUAUUUUUUCAGCUGUACCUUUUAUCAUUUACUCACUCUCCUCCCUCAAUUUGCAUGAAGUUGAAAAUUGUUGCGAUUUAUUUUUUCAAGAGAUCAUGUUUUUCAAAAGUGUCUUUUGCAGAGUUUUAACUUGUUCUGUCUGAACUCUGCUGUGGUCCCAUGAUGUGACCCUAAUAGGAUGGACUUGCCCUCAAGUGGCCUGCCGUGGCCUUCCCAGGGAGGGACACCCUUCCUCUGUGCCCCAGUGGGUGUCGCUGUCGAACUUGAUGGAUGAAUGAAGAAAACCGUGUCACUGCAGAACCUGCCAAGUCUGUCGUCACUGUGGGGUGUGGCAUGCAGAGGGACCUGUGGUCGGUCGCCUCUCUGUGCUCAGUGUUGUUUUUGAGAAUUUAAUGUUUAACCAUGCCCCUUUCCCUCAGGAAGGUUUAACAUUUGCUUGGGAAUGUGAUUUUGCUCCCACCCUAAGGAAUUUUUAUCACCAAAAUGAAUGUUAAUGAAUUUUAAACCCAUGGUUUAUCAUUGGCAAGAGGCAAGUUGACUUCAUCCUGACAUUCCUUCGGCCUGGGGUCUCUGGCUCAGCCAGCUGUCCUCUCACACCCCAGUUCACAGAGCGCCGUCUCCACCUCCCCAGCCCUUGCUCUUGCUAACCCAGGAUGCUGCUACACAGAUGCCAAAUGGAGACCUUCCACAGGGCUUUUCAGUAAACAUGUGAUGUGGAGGUCACGUCCCUUCCCUUCCCACGGGAACAUAUGUAGUUAUCAGAACAGGAGAUGGAUUCUUUACUUGGGGCCAAGAGGGCAUGUCUAAACCCAUGUUUUUAAAGGAGGGAACUUUGGGGAUUUCCAGGGAGCCAACUGUCCUCCUUUUCCUUCGUCUCUGGGCUCAGGAAGCCCAUUGGUGGCAGCGUCCCCCAAGGACUGCUGUGCCUCCUGCCUCAAAUGCAGCCUGCACUAGAGAGGCUGCUUGGACAGCCAGGGUCAGUUUGGCCCCAAACAGGGAUUCAGCAACCAAAUGUUUGUUGUGGCCAUUUCAUGUGUGUCUCUGUCUUACUUUAAUACCAAAUUUACCAUGUGUAGUGAAAUUAAUGUCAGCAGAUAUUGAGUGACUGCUUUCUUAACUAGCUUAUCUGUGUUUUACCAUUAGCCCAAGAGAUAGGUGCAUCUUGCUAGCGAUAUUCAUACACUGAAAUGAAUUCUCCUGCCCACAGUGUUUAUAUAGGACUAUCCAUACCCACUGAGGCUGGUCACUGGCAGAGAAGAGAGCAUUUCUGCAUUUGGGCUUACUGCAUGCAGGAGGGGGGGCUCAGCAGCAGUCUUCUGCCCCCUCAGGUAGGAAGUGUGCUCACCCCUGGUUGGGCUAUGUGGGGGGUGAUGUGCUGGGCUGGCCUCUUGGUGAGCAGUUUGGUGGCUGUGGUGUCAAUGCAUGACUGAUUUAAGUGUUUGCCCUGAGGUGGCAGUACGGGCAUGUCUUCCUCAGAUGCUGUCAUGCCCCUUAGUGAGAGAGAUACUGGCCUCACUUGGUGGAGGGUCAUGGAGAGUGCCCCUAAGGGACACCUAGGGACAGAGCCUGUAUCGUGUAGCACCCCACACUGGAGUGUCCCCUUUUUCAAGUAUGUCCAUCCAAGUUAAAAAGCCCAUUUCCUAAGAUGCAUCUAGCCAGACACAACACAGAUAUGACAAGUGUGUACAAAUGAGAAUUCUCUGUAACAAAAAGAAACCUGGGCCUGGCCAUAGCAGGGGUCUCUCCCUCAAUGAACUGCCACUUUGGCCCAGUGGUGCUUGCCUUCCCUGAGGUCUCGGGAGCCAGGUGGUCAAGCCGAGGCUCUGUGGCCUCAAAGAACUUCACCCAGACCACCUCUCGGGCCCAGGGCCUCUCUCCAUGUACAGUCUCAGGGCAGCCUUGCUAACAGGAGCCUCUGAAAUGAGAGUCACAGGCUGGUGUCUUUCUCAGAGCCCCACUGUUGUUCAUGGAUCCUAAAGACCUGUGAGAGGGGAGUAGGGGGAAUACCAGCCACUGCCUCUUAGGAGAAACAGGAAAUUUUUAGUAUGCUGUCUUGCUGCUCAGCAUGGUGGCUUCUUGCAGAGUAUUCUGCUUAUAAGGAGCUGGCAAGGUGGCACUACAGUGGGGCUCCCAGAGGAUGAGGUUUUAGCCUGCCAAGAUUUUACUCAUUUUCUGUUAACUAUUUUUCACCUUUGAUUCACACUUUUGAUAACACAAAAUCCAGAACAGUUCCUAUCUGGUCCCCAAAGGAACAAAUGUGAACUAUAUGUAGCUAUAAUUACAGCUGAGGAGAGCUAAAGACCCUUCAAAUAGCACUCAUGUCUGAACCACCAGGUUCUUUUCCAAAUCUCAUGUUCCCUCUGAGUCAGAUCCCUCAGACAGUUGAAGGAGAAACACUGGUCCCUUUCUUCUCUGGGGCAGCAGGAGAGUGGUCUCACUUAGGAGGACCCAUGCCAGUCGGAGCUGUAAAGUCAUUGGGGCUGGGCUAAAAAGACUGUUAAUUAGGUUAAAUCUUGGUGCAUAGUUGCUGCACCUCAGCGCUCUGGCUGGAUUGUCCUCUCCUAGGGUUGCCAUCCAGAUGCAGCCCCCACCCUCAGUUCUGUGCUGAGGGCCUUGCCUAUAGUGGCCUCUGCUGCCAGCCUGGCUCUAUGGUUUGGGAGAGACCACACUUUCUCCUAAGCAGCCACUCUGGCAUCCUGAAGGCUCCACUGGAACUAGACUCCUGGGAUCCGAAUGUCCAGGACAUUUUGCCCUCUUUGCAAUGGGGCUGUUUUCAAACUGUCUUUAGAGGUUCCCUCCCUUCAUGGUUCUGUUCUGUAUUUAUCGUCAUUUUGUCUGUAUUCAUCAGGCAAGUCCAAAAUCAUGUAUUUAAACUCUUAGGAAAACAGAACUCUAAGAUUUGUAAAUGGAUUUACUAAGGCACUAAUCAAAUAGCUUAAAUCUUGGUAUUUAAAUAAGUUGAAUUUGAAAGGGUGCCACAUUCAAUUCUGUUCUUCCUUCCUUACCCUCCACCCCGUCCCCCACACUGCACUCCCUGCAGAGAACUCAGUGCCAUGGUGGACAUGUUUGGCUUCCCUAGUGGAGAAAGUAGGGCAUCUUGCCUCUUUCUAAUGUUUUUUUUUCCCCCCCAAGGAAUUUGUGCAAAUGCUGAAUGCAGUACUUCACAUUAAUAUUGAACACUAACUAAAUAGAUUUACCUUGACACCCCCAUUCCAUACAACUACAGGACCAGCUUUUCCAAGUCUAGGAAAAUAGUGGUAGAUGCCAAUAGAAAUGCAUUUUUAUACCCCUAGGAAACAAAGGAACAGGAUAAUUUUGAGCUAAGCAGGAACCAUAAAUUUCAGCCUUCAAAUUCUCCAGGUUGAGGAGCAGACCUAAGGAGGCACUGACUAAGCCCAAGUCCCAGCUGACAAAAAUAUACACCACCUGUCAUCUUUUGAAGGCCACCCGGGAUCUGUGACCAUCUUUGCCAUACCUGGGCCAUGGAGCAAAGUCUCCAAGGAGCUUUUCAGGGAUAGUCCCAGGCAGAUGACUCCUGUGUGUUGGUGCAGAAGGUGCUCUCUUUGGUCCCUGGGUCUCCAAGAAAAGGCCAAGGAGGGCUGACUUUGCACACUGCAUUGCAUAACCCAUGCUCCCAGGUGGUAUGGGCAGUGGGCACAACUCCUGUCUGCUCUAAUCCUAGAGAUGGACUUUUGCAAAGGUUUGGGAACACAGGGCUGACCCAACAGGGAGGGGCUAGGUGGCUUCUGUGGCACAAUUGCUCCCUACUUUGUGGAGGAAACAGCUCUCUCCUGGGCCAUAUUGCUGUUGAUCUGGGCUGUACACUAGUGGUGCUUCAUUCUGGCAAGGGUAACUGGGUGAGGUGUAGGCUAACCCAGAAUUAGGGAUUUAGAGUUGAAUAUGAAAGCAAUUUUGGAAAUUCAGAAACUUUUGAUACGAACUUUUUCCAUGAGCAAGAUACUCAGUGGAUUUUUAUACCUCAGGGCCAUUUUCAUUUGUUUUGAGUGGUCUGAUAGGAGAGAGAGAUAAAUUCAGACACUUCUAGGUUGAGGUUCACUUGCCUCCAUUUGAGGGAUGAGUGGUGCACCAAGACAGCCUGCUGAUACUGCUGUCCUUCAAGGCUGUGACAAGUGGGCCUUCCUCCUUUAGCACUUGCAUGCUUUCUGCUGGCUGCUAACUAAUGCUUGCUUGCUGGUUUUCCCUCUGCUUCUUCCUUAAUGGAAGACUCACAUUCCAGAGUCCCUGGUCAGCCACAGGACUGGAGGAAGAGAUGGCAGAUACCAGCAAUGGCAGAGAGAGAGAGUGGCCUUCCUCUUGCUGCCUUUUGCUGGGAAUCUUCUUUGCUUCUUAGAACUAUGGUUGACUUAGCUCAAGUAACAUUUUUUUCUGUAUACUAAGGCCACUGACAUCAUCUCAACUAGAAUCACAUUAAGUAUCUUUUGGGAAAUACCAGAUGGUAUUUUAAGCAUCAUGGAAACAACAGUACUAGUGGCAAGAGUCAAAUUUUAAGUGUUUGUAUGUCACGGUUUUUAUGUGCACAGAUCAAUGCAGACUUGAUGAGUCUGUCAACAUUUUCAGGAUAUAAUGCCUGUUGAGACCAUGUACAAAUUCAAAGAAUGAUUGAUUGGGAGUAUUAUCUUGCCUUUCUGGUGUUUGCCCAUAUCUGAUGUACACGGACUCACUUAAGAAAUGAGUGAGAGCUAGAUUCCUCUUCAGAAGCAUCCUGAAGAGAACUAUUUAAUGGGCCCGAUGGGCUUGGUUGGGUGCCUGCCCUUUUUGUUGAAGACUCAGGACCCUUGAGUAUAAGCAGUGGGCAUCCAGGCAGAGCAGAGGAAGUAGGAAAGAAUGAGGUCUUUGGAGUCUCAUUCCCCAGAGCCCCAGCCUAGCUUCUGAUUCAUUACCCACCCUGUCUGAAGUCUGUUGUGGAAGGUAGAGUGUAUCAAUCCAUUGACUUUUCUUGUUUUUGCAGUCUUUAAAUCCACAAAUGUAUAUGCUUUAUUUUAUAUUAUUUAUUAUGUACAUACACCUCUACUGUUAGUAUGUCUGUGACCAAGAUAUGUUCUGAAGCCCCUCAUCCAUGGAGCUUAGGGUUCUGUUGUCCCUUAAGUUGGAUGAGAGGGCAGUGGUGGGUUCCCCCCACCUAAAAAACAUGUUGCUGCUCUUAUGUUGGCCUCUGUAUCCCCAGCCCCCUUUGGGGGGCCCACCUCUACUCCUGAUGAUCAGUGUUUGGGAGGAUUGUGAAGGCAGACCUUCUACCUUGUGGUAGGGCCUCUCAAAUCCUUUCAUGAUGUACUGCAGAGGUAGUUUCUUGGUGACUGGGUCCUUUCUCCGAUACAGUGGUACAGUUGGCUGAGACCACAGCCUCCUUCCUCACCCCCUCUCCCAGCCAGGUUGUUUGCCUGGUCCCACAGUGAUGGCCUCUACCUUGGAUCACAAAAUGCUUCUCUCUGGACCACGGAAGCUGCCUGCCCAUCUGGGCUGUUAAAUUUGCCUUUUCUUGGUGUUGGGGCCCAGUGCCAACAUUGCCUUGGUCCUUGUAUAAGCCCUGCUUUGUCUGAUUUUCAUCCUCCUUAGCCUUUACUCACUGUAUCAUGGUGUACAUUUCAUGCAUUUGAGCAGUGAAGUUUUCUGAACACAGUAUUGAGAGCUGUGUGAAGUUAAAUAAGCACAAGUCGAGUGUAUAGGUUUCAUGAGCUGAUUGUCAUAAUGAAUGCAUUUUAUAAAUCGAAUGUUGUAGAUUUACAAUUUCUCCUAUUUAUUUUGUACCAAUUUAUUUGUAAAUUUUGUGAUUGUUUAAAAAGGUUUUGUUUAUUUCUAUUUAGAUAAAUGAUGAUUUUCUGUUCA